AUGGGGAGUGAUCAGAAUCUAGUGAAUAAUUUACUGUCUAAGUUGUCCACAACAUUUAAGAUUAUGGAUCUUGGUGAACUUGGAUUUUUCUUUGAAAUUGAAACAGUAAAAUGUGAUGAUGGAAUAUUACUUUCUCAGCAAAGGUACAUGCCAGAUAUUUUAAAACGUGCUGGCAUGACAGACUGUAAACCAUUGGCUACUCCUAUUUCUGUCUUGAAAUCUGUUCCUCUCAAUGCAGAUUUGUAUGAUGAUCCUACUCAGUACAAGAGUCUGGCUGGGGCGUUGCAAUAUCUCACAGUCACACAGCCUGACUUAUCCUUUACAGUCAAUCAGCUUUGUCAACACAUGCAUGCUCCUACGGUCUCGCAUUGGGGUACUGAGAUUAAACAAAAAACUGUUGCUAGAUCUUCUACUGAGGCUGAGUAUAAAUCUCUAGCAGAUGUUUGUGCUGAAGUGAUUUGGAUUUUAUCAUUGCUGCGUGAGAUUAAUGCCCCAAAUAUUCAUGUUCUUAAGUUGUAG